AACCAAUGUGACUGAGAGACUGUCAAGAUCUGAGUCUCUGCUCCUGAUAUAUUUUUCAUAAAAAAAAAACUGAAUUUUGUGUAUCGAUUUUCAAAAUGUUUGCAGCCACACUGCUGCAACGUAAACUGAGCCUGGCUCUGCCGCACGCCUUUCGGCCUGUGCCUCAGAUGAACUACAGUGACACGAAAGCCCCGAAUUUCUACAUGUGGGGCGGUGGUUUGGGCAAGCUGCAGGGUGGCCUCAAGGAGGAGGAAUACUUCACCACAGUAAAUCUGGAUCUGAUUGACAAAAUGCGCGACAAGAAGGCCAUCGCCGAGUAUCUACCCAAUUGGGAUGAGUACAACAAGGCCAUAAACAAUGCCGCCCUCUACACCACCGCAUUGAUGAACAAACACAAGAACGUACGCGAAGAGGCGUUUUUCAUGUCCGAGACUGCUGAUAACUUCAAAACGCUGCAGGAGCGCAACCAGAAAGAGGAGGAGGCUAUUGUCAAGGACGUUGAUGCUGCUGGCAACAUGCUGGAAUAGCUUGAAUAGUUAACCGUUUUCGUUUAUAAUUUCAGUGUUAAGGUGGGGUGAGCAAAGAGGAUGGGUGAAAGUUCUGUGCACAAAUAAAAUUGUUAGUUUCUUUAUUUUGAA